AUGUUUUCAAUCGACCUGAAUGGACAGACAUUUUCUGUUCACUGGUCUCUUGUUGGCGCCUGCGGACAUCAGUAUACAGGCUCAUCGAACGAUAAUUGUAUUCAAAAUCAAUUUGUCAACAACAUUGCACUGUAUCUGAACGAAAAUGCCAGUGCACAUUGGAAUGUAACAGCCCCAAUAGGCACGUUUGAUUUGUCGAUGACACGAAAUCCUCCACCAGUGACAUACAUACCCGGAAGAAGGCACUCUGCAUAUGUAUCGCUAUUAGCCAUUGACACCGACAGCAAUCAAUCACUGCCGAUAUCUGGUGUGAUUGGAUAUGGAAGUAUGGUAAAUUGGAUCGGUUCCAGUGUGUUUUAUCCGACUAUAGUAGAUGGGGAGACAUUGUAUGCACUGGCACUAACUGUCGACCGGCAAAAAAUGGUGAAGGUGUUUGCCCUCCUCCUAGUUGUCACAAACUGGGUUCUCUCUCUUACUGUUUUAUGGAUGACAAUCCUGGUGCUGUUCCGUGUGAACGUUAAUGAUGGGCUUAUCUUGACCUCGACGGCAGUCCUUUUUGCCCUUCCGCAGAUCAGGGCCAGUAUGCCGGAUUCUCCACCAUUUGAUAUCGCCGGUUACUUCAUGAAUGUCUGUCUCGUCAGCAUCUGCUACCAUUACCAACCAGCAGCCAUGAGAUCUGUUGAGCCUACGAUAUCACAGCGAGCCGGUUUCCUCGUGGGCAAGGAAUGA